AUGGAGAAACUGUUUGCACUCAUUGGUGUUCUUGUCAUACUUGUUAGCUUUGCUCUGUUCUACUUGUGCAACAUCCUAUGGCCGAGAGCUGUGAAGAUAAGGAAGAUGUUGAGGAAGCAAGGCAUAAGGGGUCCCAAGCCUACUUUGCUCUAUGGCAACACCAGGGAGAUGAAAAGAAUCCAACAAGAGCUCAAGGUUUCGCACAAGCAAGGCACCAACAACUACAUCUCCACCCUCUUCCCACAUCUCUUUCUCUGGAGGGAAACUUAUGGUCCAGUGUUCCUGUACUCAACAGGAGCUAUGGAGAUACUACAAGUUUCUCACCCAGAUAUGGUAAAGGACCUAGGCCGUUGGACACCAUCAGAGCUUGGUAAGCCUACUUAUCUGAAGAAAUCCCGCAAGGCCCUCUUUGGAGGAGGUUUAUUUACAGUGAAUGGCGAUGAGUGGGCCUAUCAGAGGAAAAUCAUUGCACCAGAGUUCUUUGUGGAGAAGAUUAAGGGUAUGAUACAGCUGAUUGAGGAUGCAACUGGUCCAGUGUUAGAAGCAUGGGAAUGCAUGAUCGACGAUUCAGGAGGAUGUAGGGAAAUAGUUGUUGAUGAUUACUUGCGGAACUUGUCAGCAGAUGUAAUUGCCAGGGCCUGCUUUGGAAGUAGCUUCACAAAAGGAGAAGAGAUAUUUUGCAAGCUUAGGCAGCUCCAAAAAGCAAUUGCUCAACAAGAUGCGUUUGUUGGCUUGUCUGCACUGUGGAAAUACCUGCCAACGAAGAGCAACCAAGAAAUACGGACGCUGGAUGAACAAGUCCGGUUACUGAUCCUGGAAGUCGCAAAGGAACACCGCCAUCACCAAGAUCCACACAACGGCCUUCUGAGCGCUAUCAUCGAUGGCGCGCAGGAUGGUCGCAGCGCUGCAGAGGCCGAGGACUUCAUCGUCGGAAACUGCAAGACCAUCUACUUCGGGGGGCACGAGAGCACGGCGGUCACCGCCAUCUGGUGCCUGAUGCUACUCGCCACGCACCCUGAAUGGCAGGAACGCGCCCGGGCUGAGGCAAUGGAGGUUUGCCGGGGAAGAACACCCUUGGACGGCGACGCCCUUCGCCGGCUAAAGAUCGUGACGAUGGUGAUCCAGGAGACGCUCCAGCUGUACCCUCCGGCGUCAAUGAUGAUGCGUGAGGCCCUGACAGACGACGUGAGGCUCGGCGAUGUCGACGUGCCUCGUGGCACCAUCGUUCAGGUGCCUAGGCUGAUGUUGCACCUGGACAAGGACGCCUGGGGCGCCGACGCCGACGAGUUUCGGCCGGAGCGAUUCGCGAACGGCGUGGCGGCGGCGGCGUGCAGAGCGGCGCACAUGUACGUGCCGUUCGGGCACGGGCCGAGGACAUGCAUCGGGCAGAACCUGGCGAUGGUGGAGCUGAAGGUGGUGCUGGCCAGGCUGCUGAGCAAGUUCGCCUUCUCGCCGUCGCCGACGUACCGCCACUUGUUUAUACAGCUGGGCCUGGACGGUCGAUUCAUCUCAGCUCUCAGCACACAGACAGCAAGACUUGAUUUCAGCACUUAUAAGUGCGUUGAUUCUAACCAAAGGAAAUGUACUACCCCUCUAUUUAUAUGAUUUUCUAGAUUCAUUGCAGAAACAACUAUAUGUUUUAUA